GUUUUUCCCCUUUUCCUGAAGAAAGAAAAAAAAAAAAAAAUCAGAAAAUGGGAAAACAACUUUAAACCGAAUGAUCAGUUGUUUCUCAAUCAGUGAGGGAGAGAUUGGUGGUGAAGUGUCAAUUCAAGUGGAGGGUCUGAGUUUUUUGGCUCUGAGAGUUCCUGGGAUUCUUUUGUUUACCGUUUAUUUUCUUGAAACUCAGUUCAUUGAGAAUUUGGCUCUGUUUUGAGGUCUCUUUGGAAGUUUGGAGAGAGGGAUUGGUUUUUUUCACUUUUACAUCCAAGCCCAGGUGGCGAAGGUGAUUGAAUAGUGACCUGUCUAUAGUUAGAAAGCCUGUACGAGAUGAAGUUUGUGAACAAUAUCCGGGACAGCUAAAUUAAUUAUUAUAUGCUAUUAUGGAGUACACAGUAAGCGAGAAAGCCUUCUCAAAUAGAGAUGUCUAUAUUGGAAAUUUUAAGGGAAUUCUGCCUCAUGGUAAUGGUAACUACACAUGGUCUGAUGGAACAGCCUAUGAGGGUGAUUGGGAAGAAGGAAAAAUGACAGGCAAAGGGAAGCUAAUUUGGACAUCGGGAGCGCAAUAUUCAGGUGAUUUCUCUGGUGGUUACCUUCAUGGUUAUGGCAUCUUUACUGGAUGUGAUGGUUCUUUUUACCAGGGUUCAUGGAGGAUGAAUAUUCAGCAUGGGAUGGGAAAAAAACAGUAUUGUAAUUCAGAUAUUUAUGAAGGAUCAUGGAAGGAAGGAGUACAUGAAGGUAGUGGUAGGUAUUCGUGGAAUAGUGGGAAUGCAUAUAUUGGGAGUUGGAAAGGUGGGAAAAUGUGUGGUAGAGGGAUCAUGAAAUGGGCAAAUGGUGAUCUUUUCAAUGGCUUUUGGUUGAAUGGGUUAAGAGAUGGGUCUGGAGUUUAUAGGUUUGCAGAUGGGGGAUAUUAUUUUGGAACAUGGAGUCGGGGCUUAAAGGAUGGAAAAGGAACCUUUUAUCCCGUGGGAACUAAACAUCCUUCCUUAAAGAAGUGGUGCAGCUCUCUAGAUUAUUGCAAUGACGGAACAAGUUUGUCUGGGUUACUAAAUUCAGAGGAAAGCAGGGCUCAACCAAGUGUUAAGCGCAGUUUUUCAGAGAAAUUAUCUUUUAGUGGACUUUUAAGAAAUUCAAGUCGUAUAUCACACAAGGCUAUGUCAUUAGAUAAAAAUUGGACCCAUUGCGAUCCUUCUCGAGAGUUUAUACGUUACGAUUCCUUAUGCACAUUGUCCCAUGCCUCUGAGGAAGGUCAACCUGAGGCACAGGAUAACAGUUCAGUUUACGAGAGAGAAUACAUGCAAGGGGUGUUGAUUAAAGAGAGAGCUAGUAAUCAUACAGAGAUAUCACGGAAAAGUAAACAACGAAAUAAAAUUGCAGUGAUGCAAGAAAAGAGGUCAUGUAUUGACAUUUUUGGAGCCCAUAGUAGGAGCUACUAUUUAAUGCUUAAUUUGCAACUUGGUAUCAGGUACACUGUUGGGAAGAUCACACCAGUUCCUGUACGUGAAGUUCGAUCUUCUGAUUUUGGAGAUCGAGCUAGAAUAAGGAUGUAUUUUCCUAGAAAGGGUUCUCAGUUUACACCUCCGCAUUAUUCAGUUGAUUUCUAUUGGAAAGAUUAUUGCCCUAUGGUCUUCAGGAAUUUAAGGGAAAUGUUCAAAUUAGAUGCAGCAGAAUACAUGAUGUCCAUUUGUGGUGAUGAUGGCUUAAGAGAGCUUUCUUCUCCAGGAAAAAGUGGCAGUAUCUUCUAUCUUUCUCAUGAUGAUAGAUUUGUGAUUAAGACUUUAAGAAAAACUGAACUGAAGGUUCUGCUCAAGAUGCUGCCUAGCUAUUAUUGUCAUGUAGGAGAACAUGAAAACACUCUCAUAACAAAAAUUUUUGGGCUCCAUCGGAUAACAUUAAAAGGUGGAAAAAAGGUACGCUUUAUGGUCAUGGGGAAUAUGUUUUGCACUGAAUUACGAAUUCAUCGCCGUUAUGAUUUGAAGGGUUCAUCUAUUGGAAGAUCUACAAAUAAAGAUAAAGUUGAUGAGAAUACCACAUUGAAAGAUCUUGAUCUGAAAUUUGAAUUUCAUAUGGACAAGUUAUUGCGAGAAUCCCUUUUUAAACAAAUAUCACUAGACUGCAUGUUCUUACAAUCUCAGCAAAUAAUCGAUUAUAGCCUUCUAUUGGGUCUACAUUUUAUAGUUCCUGAGAAUCUCAAGGCAAUUUCACAACCUCCUGGUACAAUGCACAAUCAUGAGAAUUUAGCUACUGGUGAUGGUGUGACUUCUUCACAAGGUGAGCUUUUGAUUCCUCCCAAAGGCCUUCUACUGGUAACUCAUGAACCUGGCUCUGUCAGUACUGCACCAGGUCCUCACAUCAGAGGAAGUACGUUGAAAGCAUAUUCUCUUGGUGACAAAGAAGUUGAUCUUUUACUCCCUGGUACAGGAAGGUUAAGGGUGCAAUUAGGAGUAAAUAUGCCAGCACAUGCCAAUCUUAAGCUUCUGCAGGAUGAGGUCGAUUCAACAGAGGUCGAACUUUUUGAAUUUUACGACGUGGUUCUCUAUAUGGGCAUAAUUGAUAUAUUGCAGGAGUACAAUGUGAAAAAGAAAGUUGAGCAUGCAUACAAAUCAUUGCAGUUUGACCCUCAAUCCAUUUCUGCUGUUGAACCCAAGCUCUACGCUAAACGUUUCAUCAAUUUCUUGGAGAAAGUUUUCCCCGACCCACCAUAAGGUUUUCCUCCCCUCUUUCUUGUCCAUAGUCAUAUAUCCUAGGAGGAAAUUUUUUAUUGUUUCUCUCCAUGUUUUAAGAGCACCAAUUCUUUUAUAUCCAUUUGUAAAGUUAUAUAAUCAUAGAGACGAGUGCAUCUGUUUCAUGUAUGGAUAUAUAGCAAUAUUUAGCAGAUGGGAUCUAUUUGUUUUGAAUAAAAA